AUGCAACAACCAUUAUUUAAAAGUGCCUUCAAUAAAAGUAAAGUUAUUCCAUUUGAAAAACAAACAGAAAAUCAAAAUCUAUUUAAAACUCAAGAUUUGGAAAUUCUUUCCAGCAUUGUAACUUUUGCUACAUUUAUCAGUUGCUCUUCGAAAAUCACGACUACAUCUUACAUAAACAUUUUUCGAGCUCAUGAUAUUGUACUUAGAAAACCUGAUUUGCAAUCAAGAAAUACUUAUUAUAAUGAUUGUGAUGAUGAUGAUAAGUUAUUGAAAACAAAUACAAGUGAUAUUGAAUUCGGGUUAAAGUCAAAAAAUGAAUCUCUAACAACUUCAACAGACCAACUUGAUGUAAUAUUAAAUGAUUCAAUGAGUUAUCAAUCAAAUAAUUUGGAUGAUGAUUGUAUAGACUUCAAACAAUCUGAUAAAAUUAUUUUAUCAAAAUUUUCUCCAAAAGAAAAGGUCAAAUUAAAAAAUAUUUUAAGAAACUGGAAAAGUUAUACAAUACAAGUUCGUCAAAAUCGUACAAAAGUAGUUCAACAGUUAAGAUUAUCCAUAAAUUUUUAUCAAAAAAAUCUUUUAAAAAAAUUUUUUAAAAAAUUUCAUAAGUCAUGUAAAAGUGUACAGUCAAAAAGAAUUUUACUAAAAAAAGAAUCAGAUGCAUUCUAUAUUAGCAAUUUUUUUAACAAAUGUAAAGAAUUCUUACUUGAUGUUAUGAAUAAUUGGCAUUCAAUUGCUGUAAAUAAAUCAACAAAAAAUGCAUUAUUAACUAAAUCAUAUAAAAUAUGGAGAACAAAAUUCAUAUAUUCAUUAUUAACAAAAGAUAAUCAACAAAUUAUGUUGGACAAAUAUUUUGAAAUUCUCAAUUCAGUACCUAAAAGGUAUGCUUAUUUUGAUGAUGAUAUUAAUAAGACAUUAACACAGAAAGCUUUUGAAAAAUGGAAGGAAAGAUAUAAAAAUUAUAUUUUAUUAAGUGAAGUUGCUGAUGUCAAAUUUCUUCAAUGGAGAGAGGCUUUGCAAAGAAGAAAAAUAAUGUCAAAAACUGCAAGUGUACCUUUACUAAAUCGUUGUCUUCUUGAAUGGUAUAGUAGAACCAUUCAAAAAUAUAAACAAAAAGAACAUGAACGAAAACUUGCACUAGAAGUUUUAAGAGAAUGGAAGAAAAUAGCAGGAAAAAAUUAUGAUGCAAUGAUCCCUUGUCAAGAUAUUUGA